AUGAUCAACGAUCCAAAGAGCCAGCUUUUCAUCGCUUGGACAGAACUAGGAACUAGUUUCGUCGUCUCAAACGUAGGCGAAUUCAGCAGGAGCAUCCUCGGCUCCCACUUCAAGCACAACAACUUCUCAAGCUUCGUCCGCCAACUCAACAUGUACGGCUUUCACAAAAUAAACAGAACCCCACGCGCCCAACGCACUUCCACAACUUCCCAAACUUGGGAAUUCAGCCAUCCCAAAUUCCUCCGCGCACGUCCAGAUCUCUUGGACGCCAUCAAACGCAAAGCGCUCGAACCCGAUCCUCGCGAACGUGGCCGGUAA